GUGCCGGCUCCAGCCAUGUCGGCAAGGAAUGCAGCGGCUGGCGGCGGUGACAGAGCGACGGGGGAACAGACAGGGGAUGUGUUGGAGGAAGAACUCCAGAGCCACUCUGCCACUCUGUCCAACCUGAUGAGUCCUUCGUCGGCUGCUGGUAUUACAUCGAGUAUGGAGCUCCCCAGGAAACGCAAGGGCAGCACGGACAACCAGGAAACAAAGUCUGCAUCGAUUCUGGAUGAGGAUAUGGAGGACGACCAGGGCAGGUCUGAGGGGGAUGACCAGCAUGUGAAGAUUAAGUGUUUCAGGGAACCUCACAGCCAAAUAGAGAAACGAAGACGAGACAAGAUGAAUAAUCUGAUUGAUGAACUGUCAGCCAUGAUUCCCACCUGCAACCCCAUGUCCCGCAAGCUAGAUAAACUCACCGUACUGCGCAUGGCUGUACAGCACCUCAAGUCACUGAAAGGUGCCACAAGCUCCUUCGCAGAAGCCAAUUACAAACCUUCAUUCCUUCCUGACGAUGAGCUCAAACACCUCGUGCUGAGGGCCGCUGACGGAUUCCUCUUUGUAGUUGGCUGUGACCGGGGGAAAAUUGUCUUCGUCUCCGAGUCCGUCUCAAAGAUACUCAACUACAGUCGGACGGAGCUGAUUGGACAGAGCCUGUUUGAUUACGUUCACCCUAAAGACAUUGGGAAAGUAAAGGAGCAGCUCUCAGCCUCGGAGCUCUAUCCACGCGAACGACUUAUCGACGCCAAAACGGGACUGCAGGUACAGGCCGACCUCCCGGUGGGCGCAGCGCGGCUCUGCUCCGGCGCUCGCAGAUCUUUCUUCUGCCGCAUGAAGUACAACAAAGUCACUGUGAAAGAGGAGAAGGACUUCCAAGCAGGCUCGUCGAAAAAGAAAGAGUCUCAGCGGUACUGUACUGUGCACUGCACAGGCUACAUGCGGACCUGGCCCACCAGUCAGCUGGGUUCGGAGGGGGAAAGCGAAGCAGACAAAGACAGCUCACACUUCAGCUGCUUGGUGGCCGUGGGCCGCGUCCACCCCCACACCAUCCCUCAGUCCAACGGGGAGAUCAAGAUCAAACCCACCGAGUUUGUCACGCGCUGUGCCAUGGAUGGAAAAUUCACUUUCGUAGAUCAACGGGCCACCACCAUUCUGGGGUACUUACCUCAGGAGCUGCUAGGCACAUCCUGUUAUGAGUACUUCCAUCAAGAUGACCUGCCUCACCUGGCAGACAGACAUCGAAAAGUCUUAAGGACUAAAGAGAAGAUUGAGACAAACUGCUACAAGUUCAAAACAAAAUACGGCUCUUUCGUCACCUUACGAAGCCAAUGGUUUAGUUUUAUAAAUCCCUGGACCAAAGAAGUGGAAUACAUAGUGUCAACCAAUACAGUCAUAUCUGGGAAGAGUUCGUCAGGGGCAUCGGGGGACAAAACAGACCAGCCAAGCAAUUCUAAAGGCACUGAUGAUGAUGCUAAGAAAAGCCUUGAGAUGAUUCCAGGGAUCUCCAGUGCGUCAGGCACCAUGAUUUACGCUGGGAGCAUUGGCACACAGAUCGCCAAUGAGAUGAUGGAUUUCAACAGGAUGAACUCCUCUCCAUCCAGUGGCAAUGCCAGUCCCUUCAGUCUACUGCAGGACAAGUCUCCACUCACCCUCACACAAGCCAGCAGCAAUGUACCGAAUGGGGAAGUAACAGACAUGGAGAUACCCGGCAAGUCCAAUUCCGAGGAUGAGGCACGGAGCGGUCCGUUCACUGGAGGCGAAAGUCUUAUGGAGGGGAGUUCUCAGUUGGAUCUGGACGGCGUUCCGGGCCUGGGCAGUCUGACGAGCGAUGAGGCAGCCAUGGCCGUCAUUAUGAGUCUUCUAGAGACGGAUGCCCACCUGGGCGAGGCCGUUGACUUUGACGAGAUGCAUUGGUCUCUGUAG